AUGGCUGGUGAAAAUCGUGAUAAAAAAGACUUUGAUGUUGUUGUUAACUCUCCUGCAUCAUCUUUGGCAGAAAUUGAUCUAUCUGACCUUGAUGAUGAUUUGAAAAAAAAUCCAUUUUUGGACCCAAAAAUUGCUGAUUAUUAUAGACUGUUGUAUGAACAAAGAAGAUAUGAAUGUCGUGCUCACUUUGAUCCAUAUUAUGUUUGGGAUGAGGAUGAAGAAAAAAAAUUGAUUAGAAAAUUGGACUAUAAAGUUACUUUUUUAGCUUGUUUGAUGUUUGCUGCAUUGCAAUUAGAUAGAUAUAAUCUAAAAACUGUUACUGCUGAUAAUUUUUUGGACGACUUGAAUAUGGAUACUGAUGAUUAUAAUACUGGUAAUAUUAUAUUUACCACAUGCUUUUUAUCUGCUGAAUUGCCAUCCCAAUUAAUUUCAAAAAAAAUUGGGCCUGAUAGAUGGAUUCCAAUUGAAAUUAUUUCCUGGUCAAUUGUUGCACUUUUUCAAUGUUUUCUUUCUGGUAAAAAAUCUUUUUUUGCCACAAGAGCCAUUCUUGGUUUGCUAUUAGGUGGAUUUAUUCCCGAUACCAUUCUAUGGCUAUCAUAUUUCUAUAAAAGUGCAGAAUUAACUAUCAGAUUAUCAUAUUUUUGGGUCACUUACUCUAUAACUAAUAUUGUUGCUGGUUUUCUUGCUUAUGGUAUUUUGAGAAUGAGAGGUAUUGGUGGAAUGGCAGGCUGGAGAUGGUGUUUCUUGCUCGAAGGACUUUUAACUCUUUUAAUUGGUAUUUAUGCUGCAUUUGCAAUGGUUCCAUCUGCUGUUCAAACAAAGACUCUCAUAACGCCAAAUGGUUGGUUUACUGAGCGAGAAGAAAAAAUUGUUGUUAAUAGGGUAUUAAGAGAUGAUCCAUCCAAGGGAGAAAUGAAUAAUAGACAAGGUAUUACAUUGAAAAUGUUACUCAAAAGUUUUUUCGAUUAUGAUUUGUGGCCCAUAUAUAUUUUGGGAUUUAUCGCCUAUAUUCCAGUCAAUACGUUGUCUUCAUAUCUUUCAUUAGUUUGCAGGAGUUUAGGGUUCUCAACAUUCAACACAACGUUAAUGACUAUCCCUUAUAAUGUUCUCCAUAUUAUCACAUUAUUAAUUAUUACCAAGAUAUCAGAGGUAUUGAACGAAAGGACAUAUGUUUGUUUGGUCCAACCAAUAUAUACUGUGCCACUAGUAGCAGUUUUAGCAUUUUGGGGUGGAGCAAUGAUUGAAAAAUGGCCAACUUGGAUUAUUGCCACAGUUACAUUGGGUAAUCCAUAUAUUCAUGCAAUUUUGGUUUCAUGGUGUUCUCGAAACUCCAACUCUGUUCGAUUGAGAACUGUUAGUGCAUCGUUGUAUAAUAUGUUUGUUCAAGCUGGUAGUAUUGUUGCAAGUAAGCUUUAUGUUGAAAAGGACAAGCCAUUGUACAGGGUCGGUAAUAGAAAGUUGUUUGGAUUUGCAGUCGCUAUGUUUCCAAUGCUAUUGUUGAUAAAAUUAUAUUAUCUUUACAAGAACAAUCAACGUGAAAAGGUUUGGAAUUCAUUCAAUGAAGAAGAGAAACUUGAAUAUUUAGAGAAGAAUAGAGACAAGGGAAAUAAGAUGAUUAAUUUCAGAUUUGUUCAUUAG